CAAGUGCAACUAAGGGUCCACUUCGAUAUGAGUUGUAUCAGCAUUCUUCAAAAGCCUUGCAUGUCCCUCGAGGAUCGAAAGCGCUGCAUAAUGAGUGGAAGUGACAUUGAUGAAGAUGUCGGACCCUCUCCCCCUCGAAAAAAGCUUCGAAGAUCUCCGGAUGAGGACCUGGAAGACGACGAAAAAAUGGAUUGGGCAACUUCCCUUUCAUUUGGUCCCUCCACUCACAUUGGAAUGACAGUCAAGCUCUUAAAAGCUGAAGGCAACAAGCACAAAAAUAGCUCCACCGGAAUCAAGGAGCCCCUGUUAAAUAUGUAUCUUGAUGGAGGUAGCGCAGAUGAAGGUCCUGGUCCGAGUUCCUCGGGCCCCAACCGAUCUAUGAAGGGCAAAACCCCGAGGAUUGAUAUCCGACUUUCCUUGAAUGGCGGCUGUGUGGAAGCUGUUGCGCCAUCCACAUCGUGUCAUGUCACUGUUGUGGAUGGCGAGCCGGAGCACAAGAAGUUGUGCAAAAGAGUUCUCUCCAAAUUCCUUGCUCCCCUGAAUUGGGAUGCGGCGAAAGCAAAGGAGCUGACAAAGGAGCUUGGUGCCGGGUAUGCCUCGCCUAGUAGUGGAGGGGAUGACAAGGUGAAUAGAAUGUUGGAGUUUAUUUUUGGCGCGGGCGAGUCCGGUAGACUGCUUGAUCAGAUGAGGGAUCGAUUCUCCGACUCUAAAGUGACGAUUCAUACUUUGCGUCGAUUAAUGGACGAUCAGAAGGUAUUCCUAGUUGGUCUAAAUGAGCCCCGCCUUGUCCACUGGGCACAUCUUCGCCUGUGGCUCGUUCACGUUAGAGAUCCCAAGUUGACCAGCAAAAGCUCCAGUGAUAAUUCAGUUAAGUUGACAACUGAAAAGACUCCAAGCAAGUCAAUACUUCCUGUCCGAAUGACCUUGGCUGUCAACACAUCUCAACUUGAGGCCCUUGAACGAAAUGCCACCUCAACUCCCUCGAAGAAACGUGUCUCGUUUUCCGAUUUUGGGAACGCCCUCGAAGAACCAACCUCUUCAAUCAGUAGUCCUCUCAAAAGUGGUCAUGAACGUUCCGAUUACUACUUCAUUCCACAGCCGUGGAUCAACGAAUCCGGGUCUUUCAAGUCGUGUUUCUUCACACAUCUCCUCCUCUCGAUCUGUUCUUUCAUCUCACGUCUUUCUGGUGGUACUAUGGAUUACUUGGCUGAGCAGUAUCGGCAUAUCCUUUCACCGGUCUCUUUCAGAAUUCUCUGUAUGAUGCUGUACGAGAUCAAGGCUAUCAGAAUUAUUCGGGUUGUGGGCAGUAAGAAGUGUUCUCUAUUUUCCAAACUCCAGCCUGUAAUAUAUCUGGGUGACCAGGUGUACCUAGCGCCAGCCUCAGAGCUAUCCGUUUCUCUGGAGCCAAACUUCCUUUCUCGUGUGAAUGUUUUGAUCCAAUGUGCCUCAGAGAUGCUCAAUAUACCAACGCCAGACGCCCCGGAAACCAUGGCAGCCACAUACGAUCGAUUUGCACGUUGUCGGACCCCGCGGUCUUCCACAAUUCUAGUGCCACAACAAUCACAUGGAGGAAAUUCGACGACAUCUUAG